GUCCGGCAUUAUUGGCAACCGCGGACAGGCCAACUAUGCUGCGGGCAACAGUUUCCAAGACUCGUUUGCGAGGCAUCUGAGACGUCAGGGGAAGCAUGCCGUGGCUUUGGAUCUCGGCCCGGUCUUGGGAGCUGGCAUGCUUGCUGAGAAUGAGGAUAUCCUGGAUAUGCUGCGCUCCAACGGCUUCUUUGGCAUUCCGCAUGAGGACUUCCUCACUGUUAUCAAGCAUGCCAUUACGGGAGAGAUGGCGCCAGGGGAGCCCAUUCCGCCACAAAUCAACGCGGCCGAUCCGUACUGGACUCGCACCGCUCUCUACUCAUACCUCAACUUGGUGGAUAUGGCGCCGCCGGAUGUACUCUUGGGGGAUGGUGACGGGAGCAGCAGAGACGUGAAGGCCAUGCUGGCGACUGCCGCAAGAUUCGAGGAGGUCUCGACCAUUAUCCGCGAUGGGCUCUCCAUGAUGCUGGCCAAGGCGAUGAACAUGCUGCCCUUUGAGAUUGACUUAAACAAGUCGCUCAACGCGUACGGCGUAGAUUCGCUGGUGGCUGUCACGAUUCGAAACUGGAUCCUGAACAACUGCGGCGUGCAGAUUUCCGUUUUUGAGAUUCUCAGUGACUUGUCCAUUGAGGAGAUGGCGAGUAUGAUUGCGGAGAAGGGAGGAUAUGGAGGAGGCGAGACGGACUAG